UUUUUGGGAUUCAGUGGUGAGUUAAAGACUCACUCUUGUGGAAAGCUACACUACAAACAGUUUGUAUCACAUAAUGCAAAACAUUUUUUAGGCUAAGCUAAGGAUAUGUGAAGGUAGGGGAAUAUCAGUCAAAUUUUGCUAACUUUUUCAUUCAGAAUAUAAGAAUAUCUGGUCCACCAAAGAGACCAGUAUUCUAAAACUACAAUUUCCUUGAACCAAAAAGCAAGGUGACUGUUUGUUGAAAAUUUGAAAUUGCCAGUGACUGAUAAACUACACAAUCUUUGUUAAAGUAGUAUGAAAAAACAUUUAGAAAUUAGAAAAACUGUGGUUUGCAGAAACUGUAUUUUCGAAAUCUCUGAGGUCAUCUUAAAGGUGAGGGGGAGAAGGUGCUGUCUUGAAAAAAGAAGUAUGAUUGGAAGUGCUGCACUGCAGGCAACCUCUUAAACGCUACUCAUGUAGCCUGAGAUUAGAUCAGGCUCGGAUCCUCCUCCACCCCGAGAGCCUGAUCUCAGGCUACUACUCACGUGGACAUCAAUUAGAGAUAUCCUUGCUGUUGUGUUUACAAAAUCAUUCAAAAUAACUUGUUUAACAAAAAGCUGAAGUUUAACAGCAAAAGGUUUUGUAGGACGUAAGGUAAAUAGACUGUUUAACCGUUCAAAAUUUAGUGUGUCUUGCCAUGACGGUCAGGUACGUUGCUGGAUGUUACUCUCGGGGGGGUUUUCCAGGUCCCAUUUGCAGAAAAGUUAGGUGAACCAUCCUUUAUUUGAGGGCAAGUUUGCAGACCCCCAGAUGGUAAAAAUCUCCUCACUUUAGAUCUUAGAUAUGUUUGGUCCGAGUAAAUUUUUGGGUUUAAAAUUCAGACAGUUCUUACCAUUUUAACAAGUUACUUGUAUAGCAGAAAUUCUUGAGGACAAUUCAAAGAGGCACAUCAUUUCAAUUUUUUCAUUUGAUGAAUUCACGCGCACCUUUCGGCUUGACUGAUUAACGAACUAAUAACCUGAAAACCACAUAUGUGUCGGGAAAAAAAUAUGAUAUAUCGCUGGUGUAUCAAGGGGGCGUGUUUGGAUCUUGUACAUUCAACGGUUCCAGAGGAUAACAAACAAAUGGCAAGCUUGGCAAAACUUAUAUUUGAUGUUACGCAGAACAAAAAUGACACAACUCUUUGGGAUUAUUUUAAGCCAGUUUCAUCUGUACACAAUAUCUGUACAAAAAAGACAAGCAACGUCUGGCUUUUUAUCACAGCCUACAGUAAGAAAAAAAUUUGUAAAAAAUGUCCAUAAUAAAUCAAGGAAUUAAAUUCUGGAAUGAUAUUCCUCUGGAAAUAAAACAAUCCAAAACUAAACAUAAUUUUAUCAAAGCCUUGAAAAAGUGGAUUCAAAACUGACACUAGUUCGAAAAUAGUUCUCGAAAAGACUUGAUGAUUCCUAAAUUAAUGAGCACAUACUUUAUUGAUCUUUGGCAUUAUUCGUUUUUCCUUUUCCAUUACUGCCCCCCCCCCCCUCCCAUUACUUUCUUUUAUCAUUUUUCUUCUCCUUUCUUUUAUUUUUGAAUUUUAUACCUUCUUUCGGAACUGAGUUAAAUCUUCAUCUUGAAAUUUGUCUUAAUGUUGUAAUAUUUCGAAAUUCAGUGUAAUUACAUAUGCAAGCUUUUCAAUUGUAAGUAAUUUAGUAAUUACAUAACCUGUAAUCAAAAGAAUGUAUUGAAUUGAAUUGAAUCAUUAACAGCACCAACAACCCCUGUUGAAGUUGGACAGGUUCGGUUGGAAGAUUUUACAGGCAAUAAUACGGUCAGAAGAUUCCAAUUUAAAGAUAAAAGCUUACGUAAAACUUAAUUUUUUAUCCGAAUUACCGUUUACGGAAAAGAGGAGAAACAGAUACCUGUAGGGUCAUACCAUAAACCAAGGUGCGUCUUUUUCAUCAAUGAAAGGUUAAAGGGAACCAGAUUUUAUGUGGUAGAUUUUCAUCAAAAUUUUAAGUAUGCUGAACCAGCGAGCAAGUUUCAGGAUGUGCAGCAGUUUUUGCAAUCUUGGAGCCCAAAACAUUGCUUUCCAAAAGCGUUUUAUUCGAUACUCCAAUGCAAGUGUAGAUACAAUAUACAACGACAUCAUUAGUGGAAAACGCUCUGCUUUGGCCCAUGCAAUAACACUUGUUGAAUCAACAAAACUAGAAAAGAGACUUAUAUCUGAGAAUCUGUUAAGUAGAACUUUAAAGCGUUUGCGAGGAGGAACUACACAUGCAAACGUCAAGCAAAAGGCGUCCUUCAGAAUAGGACUUACUGGGCCUCCUGGUGCAGGCAAGAGUACUUUGAUUGAAAACCUUGGAAAGUAUUUGACCUCAUUGAACCAUAAAGUUGCUGUUCUAGCAGUUGAUCCAUCAUCAGCAAAAACUGGAGGAUCGCUGCUUGGAGAUAGAACCAGAAUGACAGAGCUGUCAAGAGAUCCAAAUGCAUAUAUAAGACCAUCACCAUCUUCGGGAACACUUGGUGGUGUUACAAGAAGUACUAAUGAAGCGAUUGUCCUCUGUGAAGGGGCUGGCUACAAUAUUAUUCUUGUCGAAACUAUGGGAGUUGGACAGUCAGAAUAUGCUGUGAAAGAUAUGGUUGACAUGUUUGUAUUGAUAAUUCCACCAGCAGGAGGUGAUGAGCUGCAAGGUAUCAAGAAAGGAAUAGUUGAAGUUGCUGACCUCAUUCUAGUCAACAAAGCAGAUGGAGACUUUGAAGCUCCUGCAAGAAAAAUUCAGGCAGAGUAUACAAGUGCACUUAAACUUCUUCACAGACAUCAUCCACUGUGGAAUCCUCUAGUGCGAAGGGUUUCUGCCUUGACGCAAACUGGUUUAGACAAGGCAUGGGAAAUUAUGCAAGAUUAUCACCAGAUAAUGGUGAAUGCUGGUGAACUUGAAUUGAAUAGGAGAAAUCAAUAUAAAGUCUGGAUGUGGAAUCAUAUUAGAGACAAUAUAAUGGAUCGUUUUAGGUCACAUCCAAAAGUAAAGGAAAGUGUCUCAGUGAUUGAAAAUCAAGUUAUGAAUGAGAUUAUUACACCAGGAAUGGCAGCAGACCAACUAAUGAGAGUUUUUACAGCUGAAGUGAAGAUAUAGGGCAAAUGAUAGGUAACAUUUUAGUUUCUGUUUUAACUAUUGAUAAAUUGCUAAAUAAUUGGUGAAAAUUUGACAAAUAUUGACAAUUUGGUAAAAUUGUACAGAAAUCUUGAUAUAUGACAAUUUUUUAUCAGCAUUCUUUUGAAGCUUGGAUUUGAAAGAACUAAUUUCAAAAACAGUAAUAAUGCUUGCAUAUAAACAUUCACAUGCUGCUCUGAGAAAAAUUUUAAUGCCCUUAAACUUACACUUACAGUUAAAAAUGAAAAUUUUUGUAAUUAUGGUAUUUUUAUAGUUAAAAAGUGUUGAUCUAACAAUUA